UACAUUAUUGAAGGCUCUGUGAAGGAUGAUGAUCUUAAAGCACUCACCGCCCUCCAUUGACCUUAUUAAAGGCACUCAAAAAACUAAAAAAAAAAUCUUUUAAGGCACCCAAGGGCUCCUCGGUGCCGCCCAUCAGUGCUUGCUAAGGUGAGCUGGGCGGGAUCAGGAGGCCACCAUGUCCACCAGCGCCGGCUCCGUUCCACCUCUUUCCCCUCGACGACUGGAAGGGAAGGUAGCUCUUGUAACCGGUGGAGCUAUGGGUAUCGGUGAAAGCAUUGUCAGGCUCUUCAGGGAGCAUGGUGCAAAGAUUUGUGUUGUUGAUAUCCAAGACAACCUUGGCCAGCAACUCUGCAAGUCACUUGGUGGUGAUCCGUAUGUUGUCUUCUUCCACUGCGAUGUUACCAUCGAAGAUGAUGUUCACCGUGCUGUUGACUUCACAGUUCGUAAGUAUGGUACCAUCGAUAUCUUGGUCAAUAAUGCUGGUAUCACUGGCAGCAAGGUGGUGGAUAUCCGCAAUGUUGACCUUAAAGAAUUCAAGAAGGUGUUUGAUGUGAACGUGAAUGGUGUGUUUCUUGGGAUGAAGCAUGCAAGCCGUGUCAUGAUUCCCAAAAGCAAGGGCUCCAUUAUUUCGCUGGCCAGUGUAGCAAGUGUAAUUGGAGGGAUGGGUCCGCAUGGAUACACAGGAUCCAAGCAUGCUGUGCUGGGGCUCACUAGAAAUGUGGCAGCAGAACUGGGGAGGCAUGGGAUACGUGUGAAUUGUGUCUCACCAUAUGCGACCCCCACAAGCCUCUCUAUGCCUCAUUUGCCUGAGAAUGAAAGGCGGGAGGCUGCACUGAAGGGGUUUCUGUCCUUUGCUGGUAGCCAUGCCAACUUGAAAGGCGCAGAACUGAUGGUAGAUGAUGUAGCACAGGCUGUGCUCUACUUGGCAAGCGACGAAGCCAAGUACAUCAGUGGACUCAAUCUAAUGGUUGAUGGGGGGUUUACUUGUGUGAAUCACUCACUUCAACCAUUUGAUUGAGGAUGAUAGUUGGGUAGUGCAUUCCUCUUUCGGACAUUUCACUUUAAUGUAGCAGGCUUCAUCUAUAGCAUAAAUGAUUGAUUGCCCUGCUGUGGAUGCAUAAUAUAAUAAAUUCAGACAAAACAUUUUAUGAGCCAUUUACAUUAUGUUCUUAAAAUCCAUUGCAAGAAAGAAUGUUGGUCUGUUCUUAUUUGAGAAA